AGUAACAGUCCAGAACGUUGGUCAGUCACAAGUGUUCCCUGGUGUUGGUAGGACGUAAGUUGCAUGGUGAUUGCGAGAGCUCGUGUAGUCUUCAAGAUGCAGAACAAAAUUAGCAUGUUGGCCGUUUUGGCUAUUACCGUUACUGUGGCAACGGCGCGGGAAAUUUCUCCUACUCCUGUUAAUGUAACAAAGCUUGACAACUCGACGGACCCGGAAGUUCCCCGCCUAGUGACGGCCAGACAACUUAUCCCGCCACAGUUCCCACCUCUUCCAACAUUAUCCCAGAACGUGGCCUUUAGUGUGAGGAAGGCUACUGAAAGUCUCAACGCAGUGGCCCACGUUCACUUUCUGGACGUCUUGUCAAAUGUUGGCAGCGGAUGGGACCCCGCUACCAGCGAAUUCACGACUCCAUAUGAUGGUGGCUACUUUUUUAUUUUUCAUGCAAUAGGUGCCAGAAACAGCGACUUUACAAUGGCCUUGACGAGAAAUGGAGAGUAUCAGGUGACUGCCUACGGUACUAGGCCAACCUUCGAACACGGGUCUAACUCUGUAUUCCUGGUGUUGCGUCGCGGCGAAAAGAUAUCCCUGUUGCUGCAACAGGGCGGCAUCUAUGAACACCCGGCUAACGAAGCUUACACGACAUUCUCCGGCUUCCUACUCUUCCAUGUAUAAAUAACAAUGGAUAAAAUCUUGCUGUCGUUAUGUCUUCCAAUAAAACUAAGUGCAUAUC